AUGCGCAGGCCAGGUAACCGCCGGGCAAGACUGCUCAAGACCCUUUUCCAGUGCACGUUCGUGUUUUCUCUGGGCCUCAGCAUCGACACCUUGUCUGACAGGCCUUCGAGUAUUUGGGCGCUUUUGGCACUCUGUGCUGCCGAAGAACAGAUUGAACAGAGGCCUGCGUGCGAUCUUCAUUCAUGCACGUCCAAGCUCCCCUUCCAAGCCGGGGAGAGAGUUGCUCUGAGGCAGCUGGCCACCCGACUGGCACCGAACUUGGCUCUUGGACAGCCGGUGGUCUUGUCAUCGACGGCCCAGUAUGUCUCGGAGGAUGGGACGGAGACAUGGACGGGUGAUGGCAACAAGGCCACGGAUGGAGACUUCGGCACCGCCUUCUUCUUCGGCAUGGGCUGCGCGGAGACCAAGGUGACGCCGGAUCCGUGGCUGCGGGUAGAUCUUGGCCGCGAGGUCCCAGUGGCCGUGGUUCGGAUCAUGACCCGCAGCGACAGCGUUGACACCGGCUUAGGUCCUUUGGACAUCCGCCUGGGCAACGCCAUCCUCACCUGGCGUGAAAAUUUAGUUUGCGCGGAAGCUGUGGUGCUCGACAGACUCAAGCAGCCCAACGCGUUCAACUGUUUGGCUUCAGGCCGCUAUCUUUGGAUUGUUCUGCGCGUUUCCGGAACGCUUGUGGCGCCGCUGUCGGUCUGUGAAGUGGAGGUCACCCCGAAGGGGCCCUCCGGCAACCGACAUGUUCUGCAGACUGCGGGCGGUAUGUGGCCAUUGCAGCUGACAGGUGUCGCACUUGCUCCGCAUGACCGAAUUCGCAUCGUGGCGGACGCGGUGCUUUGUGGCCUUGAAGGAAGUGCCACUAUGCACGACGACGUUCUGGCUCUGACUGCACCUAUGGGACAGCGUGCUCAUGGCGACUUUGCGUCGGAAACGUGGGAGAACAUCCAGAUCAAUCGAAUGGGUAUCUACAAGGUUUGCUGGUGUGGCGGUGAUGGAGACUGCUCCCUAGAUGAGCACUUCGCAAUGCAUGUGGCCACCCUGAUCAUCAAUGGCAUCAUGCUAACCGUGGCGGGCGAUGGCCGGAUUCCGAAUAGGACCAUCGACAUGGUGGAUGGGGCUCCUGGCGUGCAGAGUCCCCUCAGCGAUCCCUACGGAAUAGCAGUUUCCAAUCAGCGGGUCUUCUUCACUGAGCGCGGUACACACAUGCUACGAUGGUUGGACAUAGAGCAAGGUCGGAUCUAUACGCUUGCAGGGCAAUUCUUCCCGGGAACGAGAGGAGACUAUGGUUCGGCUUUCAAUGCGCAGCUCUCCACGCCCCUGGGUCUCGCCCUGGACAAGGAUCACACGUUUCUCUACAUCGCGGACUAUGGCAGUGACCGUGUUCGCAGGAUCGAGUUGACGAGGAACCCGCUCAACAGAGGCAUCAUCGAGACCAUCGCCGGGAAUGGCUUUCGUGGCUUCUCUGGUGACGGUGGUCCCGCACGCGAGGCACAGCUCAACGGGCCCACGGGCAUAGCCGUGGAUUUGCAUCAGAUGCUGUGGAUUUGUGACAGCGGCAACAAUGUGCUCCGAGUCGUCUCCAUGGAGAUCCCAGUCAGGAUUCCAGGCACCAAUGAGUUUCAAGCCAAUGUGAUCCUCACUGCUGCGGGGGGCUCCGCUGGCCAAUCUCAGGGCAAGGGCGAUGGUGGGGUGGCUUGGCUGGCGCGGAUGCAGGGCCCCUCUGGGGUUGCCGUCUCUUCUGCCUUCGUCAGCAACGAGGACGGUACUUUGCCGGUCAACGUCUACAUCUCGGAAAGUAUGGGACACCAGGUCCGCUCUAUGUCGCUCGAGUUUGAGAGCUACCUCGGCGUCAUCAACACGCUAGUGGGCUCCGGCCAGCGGGGCGACAACAUCAAGGAGGCUGCGCCAUUGGAAGCCCAGAAUGCAGAGCUCAACGAGCCGAGCGGCGUGGCCACUGACGCAGGUGUGGUCUACCUCAGCGACUCUGCCAACCACCGCCUGCUGAUGAUGCCCGCGUUGGAGUAUGUCUCCAUGGGCUGCUGGCGCGAGAACAUUGAAUCACCAUGGAUUCCAAGUAUUGAAGGGCAGCCGCUUCCCUACGGCAUCGACUACCUACAGGGCAUCCCCGAGAACCGGCCAGCUGCGAUCACAGCGUGCGCACUGGCUACCUUGCGCUUGGGCUAUGAGGUGUUUGCCAUCCGUCAAAUGGGAGUGUGCGCUACCUCCAAGGACGCGCACCUCUACUUCAGGUUCGAGGGCUCUUCGACAUCCUGCGAUCAGGGUAAGGGCGGAGCUCGAGACAACUCUGUCUACAGGUUUGCACGUCAAGGCAUGAUGACUCAGCAGCAGGGCUUGGUCUACGUCCUGGCCGGAAGAGAGGGCAAUGCUGGAUUCGGAGGUGAUCAAGGUAGCGCUUGGAUCACACAGCUCAGCCGGCCCAACGGCCUUGGUGUGAAUCCUGUGACGAAGGACAUCUACGUCGCAGACUCCGGGAAUAACCGGAUCCGCCUGAUCUUCAACCAGAUGGGUCCUGCCGGCCACCACGCAGGCAAAUGCACGAAUGGGCUCUCCUGCAAGGUCGAGAUCAUGGGAAAUGGCUUGCUGCCGGGCAACAAGCUGGCAGUGAUUCCUAUGGAACAGAGCUGUGGGCAGGCUGGCGUCAUGUUCCAGCUGGGUCUCGCCACUAAUCCGACGGUGGAAAUCCCUUCGCCGUCCUUCACUCGGAAGACCUAUGAUUUUGGACCGCCUUCUGUGUCCCGCACCGGCACCUAUAGGCUCUGCUUCUGUGUGAAGGAUGCUGUGGUCUUCGGGCAGAUCACGCCGUGUGGUGCCGCGGAGUUCUUUAUCCACGAUGCCGGGACUGUCCGCAUUGUCGGACCGGAUAGCCGCGUCGACGACGCCGAAGUUGUCGAAGGGAUGCCUGGUCGGCCCUUUGCGCUGGCUAUAUUCGGCCACGAGCUCUCGCUCUUCGAUCGCGUGCGCCUGGUGAAGGACUCGCAGCCCUGUGGAGUUCCGGGUGCAGAGGUGCUGGCCGACGAAGUCCAAAGCCGUUCAAUCCUAAAUGGGCGGCGCUACCAGGGCAACGAAUCCUUCAGCCUUUGGGUGAAUGUCACGCUUCGUGCCUCCGGCAGCUUCCGCCUCUGCUGGUGCCAGGGUGCCCAAAUCGAUGGCACCCGCCUGAACUGCACUGUGGGCGAGGACUUUCGAGUGGAGGCCGCGCGCGUCAACAUCCGAGGCCCAAUCCAGUACUUCGGCAACAUCCGCAUCGGCAGCUAUGAGGAGAUCACGGUCAAGGGUGGCCAAAUGGCUGGCUUCAGCUCCAGCGAUCGCAUUCGGCUUGUAGACGCCGGGACUGUGCAGUGUGGCAGCCCCGAGGCUCAGGCCUUCAGCAAUGCCAUCGAAGAUGAGCAAAUGGAUGCAGUGCCCUACCGCGCGCCGAACCGCAUCACUGCAGAUUCAGUGACCUGGACCAAUGUCAAGGUUCGUGCAAGUCACCCCCUGCGCAUCUGCUGGUGUGGCGACACGGAAGGAUGCGGCCGCGGAGAGGACUUCGUGUACACUUCGGCAAUGCCGUUGCGACUCUUGGCUUUCGCCGCCUUGGGCGCUGCGCGAGCGCAGCUGAGCGAGCUAGCCGCAGACGACGAAUGCACGAACGAAGGCUGCGCCCUCUCGGCCCUCCAUCUCCGCAGCGCGAAGCGCAGCGAGGAGGCGGUGGCUGUGGACACAGGAUGCCAUGACGUCCAGCCAGGAGAGGGUGGUGCAUGCUGGGAGGCCAUCAUGUGGGGCAAGAAUGUCGGCAUGCCGCAGCAUCCGGAUUGGUAUCCGGGGAUGACAGAGGACUCCCCUUUGUCUGAGUGGCAGUUCAAAUCGUACAACACCACGCACCCGAAGUGCCCUCGGCCCUGCAAUGUUCCCGCGCCUGGUGGAUGCACAGACAUCCCCGCCCCAACGCUCUGGAAGCCUGCGGCAGCGGGUGGCAGCCUCCAAAUCAAGGUGUUGUCCUACAACCUCUUCUGGUGGCACUUGUUCAAGGUAGAAGGUGGGCGCGGUGACAGCGCUGGACACCUGAUUCAGAACACGGACACGCCGCCUUACGAUGUUAUGGGAUUCCAGGAGUGCGAGGAUCCGGUGAAAGUACUGGGCCCCGUGGGACUUUUAGAGCAGUACGAGGCUUUCCAGGGCAACCACGCGAUUUGCGUGGCCUAUCGGAAAGCUACAUGGUCUUUGCUGGAGCAUGGGGAAACAGACGUUGCUGAAGACAUGCGAACGGAGUAUUACGGCACUCGUGGCACGCAAUGGAUCAGGCUGCAGCACAAGGCCACGAACCGGAAGUUGUUCUUCGUGAAUCACCACGGCCCGCUCUCGGUCAAUUCCGGCGGCCUCUGCGGUGGUAAGGAGACCGCGCACAAGAUCCUGCACGUCAUGGCAAAGCAUGCGCAGGUGGGGGACACGCUGGUGCUUGUUGGGGACUUCAACGCAAACGCGGCAUCCCGGACGCUGCAGGCCUUGUGGCCUCAUCUGCACCAUGUGUACAACUCCAAAUCCUUUGGUGGAGUGGACAACAUCUUCGCCAACCUAGAGAGCCAGGAAGACGUGGUGACGACUACGGACAUUGGCUCUGGGGGGAGUGACCACCAUGCGAUUUCGGCGGUGAUCAAUGUGGGGCCAAGGCCACGUCGAGCCGAGGAAUCACCGGAAUCACCGCCAGAAGCCCCUGUGCCUGUCAAGGUGGCAGCAAGUGCGCGUGCCGCAAGUCAGGAAUCGCCGGCAGAAGCCACGAUCAAGGCAAAGUCCGCGGACACAAACUGCCACACGGCCCAGCAAGGAGAGAAAUGUUGGGACGAGGCAAACUGGGCGAAGACACAAGGUAUCUUCGAGCAUCCCGAGUGGUAUCCGGGCCUCCAGCCUGAUUCCGGCUUGGACAAGUUCCAGGCAGCGGUCCACAAGGAGACUCCAAACAAGUGCCCGCAGCCCUGUGGCGUGCCCAUUCAGGAAUCACCACGAAAAGACACACAACAGGCGCAGCCCGCAGACACAAACUGCCACACGGCCCAGCAAGGAGAGAAAUGUUGGGACGAGGUAAACUGGGCGAAGACACAAGGUAUCUUCGAGCAUCCCGAGUGGUAUCCGGGCCUCCAGCCUGAUUCCGGCUUGGACAAGUUCCAGGCAGCUGUCUACAAGGAGACUCCUGACAGGUGCCCGAAGCCCUGCGGCGUUGCGGGCUUGGACGAGCCUGCUCAUGCUGGUUCCAUCCAGGAAGGUUCCGAGUUCUCCGUCAACGUGCUGGACCAUGCCCGGGGAUCGGACGGCUGCCUCCUGGAGCCCCGAACGGAGUACACCGUGACGGGAGGCUGGUACCAGAUGAGGAAAGGCGUCCAGGAUCCCCGCGUUUGCUGCCAGCUUUGUGGCCAACAGGGCCAGUGCAAAGCCUGGAAGUGGACGGACUGGUCCGCCGAGGCCAAGGACUUUGCCUGCUUCCUCAGCCAAGGUACAGUCACCGGCAAGCAGUUCAACGAUGGCGCCGUGUCGGGCCUUCCCAAGCUGUCGGCCGAAGCCGAAGCCAAGCGCGCGAUGCAGAGCGCCAGGGCCCUUCUGAAGUGA